AUGUGGUGGCUGUACCUGCUCUCCCUCCUGCUGCCUCUGCUGUCGGCUCAGACCUACCACUGGGGCCCGUGUCCCUCGCCCAAAGUGCAGCCAGGCUUCAGUCUGCAGAAGUACCUGGGCCGCUGGUAUGAGAUAGAGAAGCUCCCAGCAUCCUUUGCCAAAGGGAAGUGCAUCGAGUCCAACUUUGAUAUAAGAAAAGAUAGGACCAUCCAGGUGAUCAACAAACAGUAUUACAAAGACAAGACGAGGAAAGUGGAGGGCACCAUGAUCAUCCCAGACCCGAGAGAAGCGGCCAAACUCGGGAUCAGCUUCUCCUACUUCACUCCGUACAGCCCGUACUGGGUGCUCUCCACAGACUACACCACUGUGGCUGUGGUUUACUCAUGCACUGAUGUCCUGCGCAUCUUCCACGUGGAGUACGCCUGGAUCCUGGGGCGUUCCCGCUUCCUGCCCGCCGAGGCCAUCCGCUAUGCACAGGGACUGCUGCUGGAGGAGGGGGUGGACCUGUACAAGAUGAGGACCACCGACCAGGAGUUCUGCAAGGAUGAGUAA